CGCGUUCGUCCAAGAUGGCGGACAAGUGUCAGCCGCGGUGUCCUGCACUUUUGUGAAAAACUCAACUCCAGCUGUGCUCGGAUCGAGUUUUGUGUGUGUCGCGGCAUCUCGGACGGGAGAUAAGGGGGAGAUUUCCAAUAAGUUUAAACACUUUGGAGGCUUGUGAGUGUAAGUGAAGAUGCAACACCCUCCUCGGACAGCUCCCCCUGGAGCUAAUGGACCUCCACCUGCCUCCGGUGGCUCAAAUGCCUUCAGAAGAAACAGACCCUACAAGCAUGGGGCUGCAGCUACUAUGACAGCAGCUGCCCCGCCAACCCAGCCAGUGUCUGAUCCAUUUGCCUUUGGCAGGCAAGGUCUUUCUCCUAUGGGAGGGGGGAGCCAAACUCCUCCCACAAACAACAACCCACUUCCUAUGCAAGCCCCUCCAAUGGCAAGGUUCAACCCCAAUGCUCCACCACAAGGGCCACCACCAGGAGCACAGGCAGCCUCACCUGGCCCCCCACCAAGAAUUUUUACACCACAACCUGUUCCCCCAGGGCCUGGUCCAGGUUCUAACCCUCCUCCUGCAGAACCAGGAUACUUUAAUUCCCUAGGUUCCAUGCCCUAUAUUGCACAGUUGCCUAACCCAGCCCCUCCUUUCAGUUCUAACCCAUCCCAUCCUCCUUCCACAGCCCAAACACCCCCGGUUCAAACCCCAACUCCAUUUCAGUCCCACCCCAUGCCCCCAGUCACAUCUCAUUGGGUGCCUGACCACAGAAGCCGCCCACCGUCUGUUCAGAACUAUUUUCAGCCAACUAGUGAUCAACCAUCUCAGCCUUUCCAUUCUCAAGCCCCUCCCCUUGUGCCCUCACCCCACAUAGCCCCUCCCUUGACACAGCCCCCUCAGAAUCAAGGUCUGUUAGCUCCACCAAAUGCAACUGGGUUCAGUGCAGCUCAGCAACAGAACUCCCACUUCUCAGCCCAGAAUUAUUUCAGUCAGUCAGGUGGACCCUCAGAGCCAUGGUUUAGUCAGAACCCCCAGGACCCGUCGCUGCGUGCCUGCCCUGUCUCCUACUCGGAAGUCCCUAGCGACCCUGGAACCCUUUCAAUGUUCUUUCGGGGUAAUGAUGUAGAAAAUGAGGAGACACUGUCAGGGGAGGGGCGUGUAAAUGGGGUUGCACACCCUUCCCACUCAAUGGCUGAGUUGUCUCCUCCUUAUUUGAAUGACAGUGGUAACAUUCGAGCUGGUGUAGGGCCAUGCGAUUCGGUGGAGAAUCUGGAAUGUGUUCCGAACCAAGAAGUACUGCCUAGUGAACAACCACCAAGCCAUACCUUUGAGGCAGGCCCUAACUUGGAGACACCUGACUCUGCUUCUCGUCUUGCCCGCUCUGCAAGUGUCUCAUCCAGUUACAGCAACGUCAGUCACAGCAGCGGACAUGGCCCCCACAGUGGCGGCCAUGCCUCUCGGCGACAACAAGGUGUAGUGGGAACAUUUAUCCAACAGGAGAGCCCUCGCCCAGCAGAUCAGCCUACUUUGCACCUCUCCACUGGUGGGUACUUUGAACAAGUAGACUCUAACUCAGCUGCAGAGGCAAGUCCUACCUUCCCAACUCCUAGUCCUCCUAAGCCAGUUGGUGUGUUCCAGGCAAGUGCGAAUUCUUCCUUUGAGCCUGUCCGCUCACAUGGUGUAGGUGUUCGGCCUGCAGAGAUUGAUCGUGCACGUAUGGUCAUGGAGAAGGGUGGACGUGAUGUGCAACCUGGAAACUUAGAACAGCCCCCAGACAACUUGGAGACCAUUUACUUAGCGGAACGACGGCCCUCAUCUCGAGCUCAGGGUGCACGGCGCCCCAGUGAGAGCCCCGCUACUACACUCUGGGCUCAAAAUGACACUUCCAGUCUAGGUGCUAAUAUCCUGUUAGCACCUGCAGCGCCUUCUCUGGCUGCAACAUUUGUUCCAACACAUCCAGCUGAAGUCAUCCAGCCACCGGAGGAUGGGCCUCUUGAUUUACAUCCACCUAGGCCACACCCACAACCUUCCUCUGAAAACCUGGAGAACCCACCAGACUCCACCCCUCAGGCAGGUUUAGGAUAUGCCUCCUUGCUAGUAGCCACUCCUCCUGUAGAGGCCCUGAACCAGCCUUUGUUGAUUGCUCCACCAUCUAAUUACAGUUUGAUUUCCUCUCAAAAUCCCUUGCAACCAUCAAAUCAAAUAAGUCUUCAAGAGGCAGCCGCACCUGUCCACCCAUCCUCUCAGCCAUCUGUGACCAAUCAAAUGGCUCAGACUUCUCCUCCAACCAAUCAGCCACAGCCUCUUUUCUCUCACACACCAGUAAACCUAAAUUCUUUUUCCAUUCAAGGUGUAUUAAAUCUAACACAAGACACAAAAGAUACUCAAUCGUCUGUUCAAGCAGCCCAACCUGCUCUCUCUAGGGCUCAGUCUCUUAGAGGUGAUAGCCAGUCUCUUCUGCUUUCUGUUUCCCAAGCUUCACCUUCUGCCGCUGCCAUCAAUCACAAUCAACCUUCAAAUUACGAACUGCUUGAUUUUUCUAUGCAUCAACCACAGUCUACAAAUCAGGUGUCAGGCCCUGCUGUGUCUCAGUCAGCCCAUCCUUCAGCCUCGGUGAAUAACACACCUGGCUUUUACCUGCAGGUCACCAAAGAUGCGCAGCAAGGUGUUCAGCCUGACAGCGAGGCUAAGCCCCUUCUGCAGACCUCUAACCCCCCUCAACCCUCCAGUAACCAAAAUGACAGUGACCUUACUCGCCCCUCCCAUCCAGUCCAACCACCUCCAGCUCAAUACCAACCUCCUCUGCAGACACCUCCCACUCAUCCUGGAGCCCCUCCAAUGGGGCUUGGAUCUGUUCCACCUUCUUACCCAACCCAGUCUGGGAACAAUGCCCCCCAGCCACUUCAAGAACCCCAACGACCUCCUUCAGCUCUAGGUGGUCAGCCUGGUUAUGGCACUACUCCUGUGAUGCCCCUUGGUCCAGGCUACCCAGGGUACUACCCAGGGACCUACCCAGAGUGGACCCAGGAUGGAAGACUGCCAUACCUGCCCCAAUACCCUAUGGACCCAAGAACUCAGAGCCACUAUCAGAAUGAUCCCUACCGUAGAACCGAUCCUCGAUAUGGCUGGUAUGAUGGUCAAAAUCCCAGUUACCCGGAGGGUGAACGUCAACCAGAAAGGCCAAGUUCUAGAACCAGCCAGUAUUCUGACCGACCUAACUCCAGGCAGGAGUAUCCAGAAGACUCUUCUAGACUUAGCCGUAGUGCCUAUGAUGAGUACUAUGCAAACUGGUAUAAGAGAUACUAUGAUGCUUAUGGAGAUAGGAGCUGGUGGUAUGAUCCAAAUGCUAUGUAUGAUCCACGCUACUAUAGCUGGCCAUAUGGCUAUGACCCUGAUGCUGGCAGAAGAAGAGAGGUGUAUGACAACCCCCAAUAUCCAAACAGGGCAAGAGAGGUAUACAAUGACCCAUGGCAGUACCAUCCUGGUUGCGACAAAAGCUUUGAUGAUGAGGGCUGUUGGCGUGACCCGUACGCGGACGACAUUGACCGGCGUUCAGUACACAGUGAGCGUUCAGUUCACAGUGUGCAUUCCUCACACAGUCGCCGCAGUAGCUUCAGUUCUCGGUCACAACAGAGUCAGUACAGGAGUCAGACAGACCUUGUUAAUGCCGCCUAUGAUGUCACUGGGACCACUCUUUACAGCCAAUAUCCUGACCCUUCAGAAGCCACCAAGUAUAGUCAGAUUCCUCACACUGCUGACAACACCUGGACGGCCCCAGAGCAGCCUCCUCCAAGGCCAUUAACCCCUGAGAAGUUCUCUAUUCCUCAUCGCUGUGCUCGGUUUGGUCCAGCUGGUCAGCUGAUCCUUGUUCAACCCAACCUGCCCUCUGCUGGUCAGCCCACACUCGUUGAGAUCCACAGCAUGGAGACGAUUCUUCAGGAUUCUCCAGAGCAGUCUGAAUUGCGUUCCUUUCCCGGCCCGCUCAUCAAGGAGGAGACUCAUAAGGUGGAUGUUAUAAAGUUUGCUCAAAACAAAGCUCAGGAGUGUUUGCGAAAUGAUAACCUCAUCGACAAAGACUCUGCCUACCUCAUCUGGGAGUUCAUUGUGCUAUUAUGUCGCCAGAAUGGGACUGUAGUGGGCACAGACAUCGCUGACUUGUUGCUAAAGGAGCAUCGCUCUGUCUGGUUGCCGGGGAAAUCCCCUAAUGAGGCAAAUCUCAUUGACUUCAACAAUGAGGCAAUAGAGCGCUCAGAGGAAGAGGAGGUGGGGCCAAUCUCCCUCCUAUCAGACACUUACAUGGGCGUGCCAGAGAAUGUCGGCAAGGAGACGGAGCGCUUUAGAGAGCUACUACUGUUUGGACGCAAGAAGGAUGCUCUGGAGUCUGCGAUGAAAAAUGGGCUGUGGGGACAUGCACUGUUACUGGCCAGCAAGAUGGACAACAGAACACACGCCCGUGUCAUGACCAGAUUUGCCAACAGCCUGCCAAUUAAUGACCCUCUACAGACCGUUUACCAGCUCAUGUCUGGACGAAUGCCUGCUGCUGCUACUUGUUGUGGAGAUGAGAAGUGGGGUGACUGGCGCCCCCAUCUGGCAAUGGUGCUCUCCAAUCUCACUCAUGCUCUGGAUCUAGACACGCGUACCAUUUCAACCAUGGGGGAUACAUUAGCAACUAAAGGUCUGGUGGACGCAGCUCAUUUCUGUUACUUAAUGGCUCAGGUGGGAUUUGGUGUUUUCACCAAGAAAAGCACCAAGAUGGUCCUGAUUGGCUCCAAUCACAGUUUGCCGUUUUUGAAGUUCUGUUCAACAGAGGCAAUUCAGCGUACAGAAUCGUAUGAGUAUGCUCAGUCUCUCUGCUCUCAGCCUCUCUCUCUACCCAACUUCCAGGUGUUCAAGUUCAUCUACGCGUGCCGACUGGCAGAGGCGGGACUUUGCGCUCAAGCCCUCCAUUACUGUGAGGUCAUCUCGGAUGCUCUCUUGAGUCUACCCGAGUACCACUCACCUGUGUUCAUCAGUCAGCUCAUACAGAUGUCUGUCAGGUUGAGGUUUUUUGACCCUCAGUUGAAGGAGAGACCCGAGCAGGAGCUGUUUAUUGAGCCCGAUUGGUUACUACAUCUCAGACAACUCGAUGGACAAAUCAAGGAAGGUGUUAUAGCUUUCCGAGCAGAUCGCAGUACACCACAGCUGUACCACUGCAGUACUCCCAGUUCAGAGGACCAGUGCAGCCCACCUGACCCCUCAAAUUUGACCUCUGAUCCCCACAAUCCACUCAUGACUUCUCUUUUGCCCCCUGCAGGGGUACAGCUAAUGCCACCAGCCCCUCCCACUAUUCUCCAGGAAGGGGCAGUCCCUCUACAGCAGGCCCCACCUCCUGCUGAAAGUGUUCCGUUCUACCCAGUGGCCUCGGGAACUCCACAGCCCAACUUUGUGGCACCGUACCAGCCUGAUAUGCAUGAGCAAUACAUGCACAUGCCAUCUCAAAUACCCUCACAACUGCCCCAACAAAUACCCACCUACAACCCCACAGAAAUGCCUCCACAGAUGCCACCUCAGAUGCCCCCACCAAUGCCUGUGGCAGAAACUGGCCCUUCCUCGCCUCAGCAGUUCCCUCAGACUUCUCCAACGUUCCCCCCUCCUCAGGGAAAGGACUUCUAUGAUGAAAUGGCACGCAUGGGUCCGGGCAGAAGAUCCAGAACCACUUCACAAUCGUCAGUGCACAUGACAUCAGAUCGUCGGUCUCGCACAACGUCAGAGUCGUCCAAUCAUUCAGGACGAGAACGCAGCAGUUCAGUAGUCCUUAAUACUUCUCCACCUCCCCCACCCAUCCCAGAGGCUCCGCCCCAGGAAGAACCCAAGAAGCCCAAGAAAGACUCUCCCAAGAAGCAGGGAGGUGGUGGUGGUAGUGGUUGGCUGACCUGGUUGUAUCCAAAGCGAAAGAAUGAAGCACAUCUACCAGACGACAAGAACAAAUCUAUUGUUUGGGAUGAAAAGAAGCAAAGAUGGGUCAAUUUGGACGAGCCUGAGGAAGAGAGCAAACCUCCUCCCCCUCCACCCACCAGCAUUCCCAAAGCUCCAAUGGGUGGUCCAGGGGCAGGUCCACUGGCAAUGGGCGGUCCAGGGGCAGGGCCACCUGUGAAUAUGUUCUCUAGGAGAGCAGGCACUAGGAGUCGUUAUGUGGACGUGUUGAAUCCUGGUCGUGGAGGUUCUAAACCCGCCACUGCAGUACCGCCCCCUGCUGACCUGUUUGCUCCUCUCGCACCCAUGGCAAUGCCAGCCAACCUCUUUACACCUGCCGCAGCUCCAGAUGAGCAGCAGCCAAUGGAAGGAAGUGUUCCAGAAGCCAGUGGAGAAAAUACAGAGCAGACUGGUGCCACUGUACCACAGAUGUUUAAUCUGAAUGCUUUGCCUCCCGGUCCAGAGGGAACCAAAUUAGGAGAGCUGUCACGUUCUAGCUCAAUGAGUUCUCUGUCUCGAGAAGUGAGUCAGCACUUAAAUCAGGUUCCCACUCAGCAGCCAGCACAUGGACCUCCGCCUACAGGGGGUGUGACAUUUUACAACCCCUCCCAAUUUGCUCAGUCUGCUCCUCCAAGUCAUGCUCGACAAGGUCGGUUGGGCCAGAGAGGAUACCCCACAAUGAAGUAACAGCAGCGCUGUAGUUCUAGAUCAAAUUGAGGUUCUAUACCAGAUCAGACUGAAGUUUGGUUCCUGCCUGAACUCCUAGAAGCACUGGCAUCUGGUCUUCAGCCUCCCAAAUAACAUUGUCGUCACCAUCAUAAUCAUCAUAAUUUUCCGAUCUCGGAUGAAUUUGGAGUGAAUGGAUCUGAUCCGCACAGACCCUCUUGGCUUAUCGUUCCCGUUGCAAUCUAAUUCCACCCUCAUGCAACGUUUAUAUGGACCGGGCGACAGUUCCUCAACACGAGCAGUGUGAACACAAGUGCAAUAUUGCGAAUUAGCCCGGUGUAGUUUAAUUUUCCAUAGUGUAGUCUACUUAUUUUAGCAGGGUGAAUGUGCGCGAGUGUGUAUGAACGCGUGUAUGUGUAUGGAGAGGAAAUGUGGUCGUUUCUUGUUGAUGGAAGGCAGCCAGUGCAUGUAUUAGUGAGGACGAUCUGGCCUGCUGUCAUCAGAACAGUGCAGCCUACCAGAAUGUUUUAGAUAUUUAUUAAGCUUCCUGUCAAGAUGAAAUGAUCAAAACGGACUCGUGUCAAUGGACAGGAUGAGUUUGUGUAAGCAUAGUCAUUACGUGCAAAGCAAACAGAUCUCUUCUAAUGUCUACUUUCAGAUCGAGUCCCUAAUUAUGUCAGUAGCAAAUAAUUACAUUUAUAUGAUUUACCAAAUCCUGUGAUCAUUUGCGUGUUGGCGGUUUUUGCUCAUAAAAUAUUAUUUUCCAGACUUGAUCUCAAUCUCUGAUUUGUUUCUUUUCAUGUCUUAUUAAUCACACAAUUAUUCCUUGCUCAUUCCGGGGUCCAUGAUAACAGCGGGGUUUUGUAAUUCCAAAGGAUGGCUCUGUAUGAAGAAAGCUUGGAUUUUUCCAUUGUGUUUAGAAAUCGACUGUACAAUUCUUUACAAAAGUGGUAAUAAAGAUAUUUUUGAGCUCUCUAA